AUUCUUUGGACAUUUUUCAUUCGACAUGUAUUUAUAAAAUUUCUAAAUAUUAUUUAUGUACAUUAAUUAGUACAUAAUAAUAUGAAGUAUGUGCUGUCACUUUGUUAAUAAAUAAAUAAUGAUUUUUAAUAAUAAUACAGUUAAUAAUUUGUGGUUUAAAAAUUAUUUAUAGUGGGGGAUAUAUAUUUAUUUUUAUGAGGUUAAAUAGAACUAUUUUUUUCACCGUAUUUUUUUGUGUUAAUAAAGAGCAUGCGUAUGCGUUGUGCGGUCUAACGAGAGAAAAAGAAAUUAAAUAGAGAAAAAAAAAAAACGAGAGAGAGAAAAAAAUAAAAAUGAAAACUCCAAGUGUGUAAUAUUAACACUAUGACUCGUAAAAAAUUAUAUUAUUAGUGUGUGAAAAAAAUAGUUUAUUUUUUUAAAUAUUAAUUAAUUGUUAAAAUGGCGCUUAGUUUAACGAGAAAUGAAAAUAUUAUUGAGCCAGAGCUGUACUUUUUGAUCGCUAAAUUUCUUGAUGCUGGACCACUUCGCCAAACUGCUGAAGUUCUUAAGCGGGAAUUGGAAAAAGCUAAGAUACUUCCACAACGAUUAGAUUGGCAAUCUAAUUAUCAUAAUCAAAGUUUUGAGGAAUUGGAAAGAAAAUAUCCACAUAUAAGCGCAAAUCAUUUAUUACAAAUAUGCACAAGAAUUGGACCAAUUUUGGAAAAAGAAAUUCCACCAUGUGUACCUGGAGCAAUAUCACUUCUUGGAGCUGGAAAACAAUCACUUUUACGUACAAAAGAAGAUUUAUCAAAAUACCGAAGAAGCAUAGUUUCAUAUUCAAAUCGUUUGGGUGGUCAGCCAAUUUUAGAACCAGCUGAUAUUAUAAAACCUCAUAAUAUUGUACAGGCAAUACAAGGUCGUGAAAAUUCUGGACCAAUUAGUCGUCGUGAAGCAAUACCAACAAGUUUUUAUUCACGAAUGCAAUUAUAUCGUCAUACACUUGGUCAUUUAUCAGCAGUAUAUUGUAUUCUUUAUGAUAGAACUGGUAAAUAUGUUAUAACUGGUGCUGAUGAUUUACUUGUUAAAGUAUGGAGUACAUUGGAUGGUCGUUUAUUAGCAACAUUUCGUGGUGCAUCAGCUGAAAUAAUGGAUAUUGCUGUUAAUUUUGAUAAUUCAUUAUUAGCUGCUGGUAGUCUUGAUAGAAUAAUACGUGUUUGGUGUUUUCAAACAAUGUCACCAAUAGCUGUAUUAUCUGGUCAUUCUGGUAAAAUAACAUCUGUUAAUUUUUGUCCAAUAUCAUGUAGUGGUAAUGUAUAUUAUUUGGUGUCAACAAGUACUGAUGGUUCAGUUGCAUUUUGGUCACAUAUUAAAAAACAAAAUGAACGUGCUGUAUUUCAACCAAAACCAAUACAAUAUCAUGAAAAAAUGCGUCCAGGACAAGCACAAAUGAUAUGUGCAUCAUUUAGUCCUGGUGGUGCAUUUAUGGCAGCUGGUUCAGCUGAUCAUCAUGUACGUGUUUAUGCAAUGCUUGGUGAAGAAGGACCAAGAAGAGUACUUGAAGUUGAAGCACAUACUGAUACUGUUGAUAGUAUACAAUGGGCACAUAAUGGUUUAAAAUUUAUAUCUGGAUCAAAAGAUGGUACAGCAAAUGUAUGGCAAUUUAAAAAUCAACAAUGGAUACAUAAACGUUUAUCAAUGACAACAAAAUUACCAAAUGAACAAACAAAUGAUGAUGAUAAUAAACAACAAAAACCAAAAGUAACAAUGGUCAGUUGGGAUUUAAGUGAUGAAUGGGUUAUAACAGCUGUUAAUGAUAGUUUAUUAAAAGUAUGGAAUGCUAAAAAUGGUGAAUUAGUUAAAGUAUUACGUGGACAUAAAGAUGAAGUAUUUGUAUUAGAAUCACAUCCAAUUGAUCCACGUAUAAUAUUAAGUGCUGGUCAUGAUGGACAAUUAAUGAUAUGGGAUGUAUUAUUAUCAGAACCAAUAGCAUGUUUUCAAAAUUUCAUUGAAGGACAAGGUUGUGGUGCAAUAUUUGAUGCAAAAUGGUCACCAGAUGGUACACUAUUAUCAGCAACUGAUUCACAUGGCCAUUUAUUAAUGUAUGGCUUAGGUACAAUUAUAAAUGAUAAAUUAAAAUUAAUACCAAAAGAAUUAUUUUUUCAUACUGAUUAUCGUCCAUUAAUACGUGAUUCAAAUAAUUAUGUAUUAGAUGAACAAACACAAACAGCACCACAUUUAAUGCCACCACCAUUUUUAGUUGAUGUUGAUGGUAAUCCAUAUCCACCAUUAUUACAACGUAUUGUACCUGGUAGAGAAAGAUGUCGUGGUGAACAAUUAGUACCAAAUAUUGCUGUUGGUGCAAGUGGUAUGCAAGAAGUUAUUGAAGGUAUACCAGAUCGUGGACCACGUUCAGAUAUUGAUAGAUUAAUUGAAGCACUAGCACAAAGACGUAAUAUACCAGGACAUGAAAAUGAUGGUGAUGAUACUAGUAAUCGUGAUGAUAAUGAACAAUUAAAUAUACGUCAAAUAUCAUCACCAAGAGCAAGUCGUCCUGGUUUAAGACGUGAUGGUGAUGUUGAAGGUGUUAGACAAAGUGUUGGUAAUUGGCAACGUGAUAAUACAACACCAUGGAAUAAACCAAUACUUGUUAAAACAAUAAAUCCAGCAAUACAAUUAACACAAUUAAAAUUAUUACAUUCAAUGGCAACAAAUGAAUUAGAUAUAUGGAAAAAAGAAAUGAAAAAAUCAAUAGAAUUAAAAUAUACAAAUAAUAAUGAUAAUAAUAUUAAUAAUAAACGUUCAUCAAAUAGUAAACGUAAAAAUCAUGGUAUUAGACAUGGUUAUAGAACACGAGCAACACGUGAUAAUGAUGAUACUGAUAAUGAUAAUGAUAAUCAAUUAAGUGAAAGUUCAAUGAGUAAUAAUAGUAAUGAUUCAACAGCAAAUGAAGAAGAUAUGAGUUCUGAUAGUACAUCAUCUGAAUCAAGUAGUGAAUAUUCAGAUUGGAUUGCUGAUCGUGGAUUAAAUUUAGAACCACCAAAAAGAAGUAAAAGAAAACCAGUUAAAAAACGUUCAUCAACACCACCAGAAUCAGAUAAUAGUAAUGAUAAUAAUAAUCAUCCGUGUCGUCGUAGUCAAAGACCUAAAAAAAAAAUAAUAACAGUACCAAAUGGUAUUGGUGAAGUACCAGAACAAUUUAGACCAUCUGAAUGGUUAACUGAAGUUAUACCACGUAAAGCACCAUAUUAUCCACAAAUGGGUGAUGAAAUUGUUUAUUUUCGUCAAGGGCAUAAAUUUUAUAUUGAUGCUGUUAAAAAUAAAAAAGUAUAUGAACUUGGACAACGUUUUGAACCAUGGAAUAAAAUUAAAUUAAAACCACAAGAAUAUGUUAAAGUUGUUGGUAUUAAAUAUGAAAUACGUCCACCAAGAUUAUGUUGUUUAAAAUUAGCAUUAAUGGAUGAUGAUGGUUGUUUAACUGGUUCAAAUUUUACAAUUAAAUAUCAUGAUAUGGCUGAUGUGCUAGAUUUUUUAGUAUUACGUCAAACAUUUGAAACUGCAUUACAAAGAAGUUGGUCUGAGGGUGAUAGAUUUCGUUGUAUGAUUGAUGAUGGUUGGUGGAUGGGUAUUAUUGAAUCAGUUGAACCACUUGAUGAUGAAUUUACAGAAUCAUAUUUUAUGUGUUUUCGUGUUAGAUGGGAUAAUGGUGAAUAUGAAAAAAUGAGCCCAUGGGAUUUAGAACCAAUUGAUCAAGAUAGAUUACCAAAUGAAAUUGGUGGUGCUGUACCUGUAUCAUCUGAAGAAAUACAAGCAACAUUAUAUCAACCACAAUCUGAAGAAUGGCCAAUGGGUGAUAGAGAAGCAACAUGUCGUAGAAUAUCACGUGGUAUUGAUCAAGUUAUGACACUUGCUAUUGCUGAACCAUUUAUAACACCAGUUGAUUUAAAUAUAUAUCCUGGUUAUGCAUUUGUUGUUGAAUACCCAAUUGAUUUAUCAACAAUAAAAGCUAGAUUAGAAAAUCAUUUUUAUCGUAGAAUAACAUCAGCACAAUUUGAUGUUAGAUAUUUAGCAACAAAUGCUGAACAAUUUAAUGAAUCACAUAGUCAAAUUGUUAAAGCAGCUAGAAUUGUUACUGAUUUAUGCUUAAGAAUUAUUAAAGAAACAACUGAAAUUGAUGUACCAGCUGUUUAUCAUCAAUUAAUGGAUACAUAUCAAUCAUCUGAUUCUGAACUUGAUGUUGUUGAUGAUCAUUCAAAACCAUCAACAAGUAGACAACGUAGUUCAUCUGGACGUUGUCUUAGAUCACAAAAAGAACCAUUUAAUUGGAAAGUAUCAUGUAGAAAAUUAUUAGAAACAUUAUGGCAAUGUGAAGAUUCAAUUCCAUUUAGAGAACCAGUUGAUAGAUUAGAACACCCUGAUUAUUAUCAAGUUAUUGAUACACCAAUGGAUUUACGUACUGUUAAAGAAGACAUGUUGGGUGAUAAUUAUGAAACACCAUUGGAAUUUGCCAAAGAUAUGAAAUUAAUAUUUACCAAUAGUAAAUGUUACAAUACAAAUAAACGUUCAAAGAUAUAUUUAAUGACAAUAAGAUUGUCAGGAUUAUUUGAUGAACAUAUGAAAAUGAUUAUAAGUGAAUGGAAAUCAGCACAGAGAAGUAGUGAAAAUGCCAAAUCGAAAAGUAAAACGAAAGCAAAUGGAAAUACACGUCAAUCUAAAAAUCAACGAUUAACAAAUGGUGGUGCAGGCCCAUCUACAGCAAAUGACAUUGACAGUAGUAGUGAUGAAGAAGAAAUUAUUAUAGCUGCACUCGAUGAUGAAGAUGAUGAUGACAAUGAUGGCCAAUCAGCAUUAACCGAACAAAUACUACCAAAUAUCAAUGAUCCAGGUCCAUCGAGAAUAACAAAUGGUCAUGUUAAAACACCUAUUAAAACACCUAUUAAAACACCAGGACGUUCAACACGUUCACAGACAAGUAAAAAUCCAACACCUAAAAAAUUACAAGAAAUGAAUAGUGAUUUGAGUGAAUCAGAAGCAUCACUUGAAAGUGAAAGUAGUGAUAGUGCACCAGCAAGACGUAAACCAGUACAACGUAAAAGAAAAACAUCAAUGACAAGUGAUGAUAAUGCUAGUGAUGAUUCUGGUGAUAGUUAUAAACCAAGUUGUCGUGGUAAACAAACUCGUAAAAAUCGUGCUAAAAAUAGUAAAAAAGGUAAAAUAAAUAAAGUUAAAAAAUCAUUUGUCGUUAAUGAGGAAGAAGAUGAUGAAGAAGAAGAAGAAGAGGAAGAAGAUGAAGAACAUUUAAUUGAUCCAGAGCAUACUGAUGAUGAGGAUGAUGAUGAUAGUGAAGAAGAAAUUAUGAAAAAACGUAAACCACCAACAAGAAGUAAAAAAAUUCCAGUAAAAAAAGAUCGUUUACCACGUUCAAUAUCAGACAAUGAUAAUAGUGAUGAUGAAACAUCUGAUAGUGAUGAUGAUGAUGACGAUGAUGAAGAUGACAAUGAUAAUAAUAUUAAAAAUAAUAAUAUAAAAAAUUCAUUACAAGAUGUACAAGAUUCAAAUAGUAAUGAUUCAAUGCUUAAUGAUAGAAUGAGAAGAUCACAAAAUCAAAAUCGUGUUGUUUAUGGUGAUUCUGAUGCUAGUGAAGAAAUUCAACAUUCAAGACGUAAUUGUAAAAGACCAAGAUACAAUGAAGAAAGUGAAGACAGUGAAAAUGCACCAGUUAGAAAUCGUCGACAAGUUAAAAGACGUUAUUAUGCUGAAGAAAGUGAUGAAAGUAUACCUGAACCAGGCAUAAGUAUAAGUAGUCGUGGAAGAGUUCGUAAAUUAACACCUCGUGCACGUGCUUUUUUACUUGAAUCACCACCUUAACAGCCUUUGAUUUUAAUAUUAAAAAAAAGUUACCUGUAAAUAUAUUUAUCAUUAUUAUAUCAUUUUACAAAAAUAUCGUAAUUUUAUUUUUUAAAAAUAAUUGGAAUUUUUUGUCAUAAGUUUUUUUUUUUUUCUUCUUUUAGUAAACAAAAUUAAUUAAAAUAGUUUUUUUUUUUUGUUUUAAAAACAAUAUUUGUUAAACAAAGAAGAAGAAGGAAUUGUUAUUUAAUAAUCUAAUUGUAAUUUUUAUGGUUUAUUAAGAAUAAUUCAAUUGUAAAAAUUGUUUCGUUACAGCCACAAGUGCAAAACACAUUCAUUAUUCAUAGAAUAAACACUAAUUUAUUAUUAUUAUUUCUUUUUUUUUUGUCAUUAAAAUAAUCAUUGGUUAAUAGUUUCAAUAUAAUUAUUUUAUUUAUUCAUUUUUUUUUCAUAUUAAUUUAGUGAUGAUUUUUUUUCACUAAAUAAAUUACUUGUAGUUUUAAUUUACUGGUUAAACACUGCCAAUGAUAUUACAUUACCCAAUUUUAUCAAUUUUUCUUUUUUAUUAUAAAAAAUUGAUAAUACGAUGAUAUUUAAAAAAAAAUUAAAUUAUUAAUUUUUUUCCUAACAGUUAGUUUUUUUUUUCAUUUAUAAAAUUUAAAAAAAAAUUAUAACAAAUCAUUUGGACAUGAAUAAAGAAUUUUAAAUAAAAAAAAAUAAAAUAUAAUAAUAAUACCUCAUUUUAAGUUACAAGACAAUUAAAAUAGAUAUCAUAAUUAUUUGUGCACUUAUUUAUUUAUUAUAAACAAUGAUAAUUGACAGCUUGAUAAUCGUGAAAAACGAGGCAGUGCCUUUAACAACAAUAUUACUGAAAGACAAAGUGUUUUUUUUUUUUUUUUUCGUUUUUCAUUAAUAUAAUUAAAUUAA